CGUCGCCGCCGCUGCGAGCCCGUGCACGCUCGCGCCGUACGUCUCUAGUGCCGUGAAGUGUUGUGCUGACUGUGUUCGGAAUGCUAGUGUGGUGUCAAUAAUAUAUUCGGGCUACCUUGGAGAGCCGGCAUCGCUCGAGAUAAAUGCAGACAUGCACCGCACCACGCUUGUGCUCCCUGAUGGGGCAAUCGUCGCGUGAUGGCGCAUGGAUUGCUUGCGGACGGCGUGGUGCUGGUGCGCGGCGCUGGUGCUCGCGACGCUGGCCGCCGCCGGCCCGCGCUACAGCAGCCGCAUCGUGCACACACACGCAGGAGCGAUCCGCGGCAUCAUAGUGGAGCCAGCAUCUCGUCGCUUGGAGCCAGUGGAGGUGUUCCUGGGGGUACCGUACGCGGGGGCUCCGGCUCGCCUGGCGCCGCCGCCCCCGGCCCCCAGUUGGCCGGGCACUCGUCUCGCCGACGCCUUCGCCCCCGUCUGUCCGCAGCGUUACCCCGACAUAUCCAACAAGAGUGCGGCACUAGCCAAGAUGCCGCUGGGCAUAUACAACGAACUGAGAGCGACGGUGCCGCUCCUGGCCAACCAGAGCGAAGACUGCCUGUACCUCAACAUCUACGUGCCCGGUAGCGGCGCGCGCGGCGUGGAAGCGCCGUACGCGGUAGUGGUGUGGGCGGGCGGACCGUCACACGAAUGGGGCACCGCCAACGCACUGGACGGCGCCGUGCUAGCUGCGCGCGCGCAUCUUCUCGUCGUCACCAUCAACUAUAGACUAGGAUUGUUAGGUUAUUUAACUCCGGGCGUGAGGUCCACGGCGGUACAGGCGGCGGGCGGUGCCGCAGUGCUGGACGUGGCCGCGGCGCUGGGCUGGGUGCGGCGCAACGUGGCGUCCUUCGGGGGCGACCCGCGGCGCGUCACCCUGGCAGGCCACGCCGCGGGGGCUGCGCUUGUCAACGCACUGCUCAUGUUACCCGACAGUAAAGGGCUGGUGUCCCGCGUGCUGCUGCUGAGCGGCUCCGCUCUGAGCCCGGCGGCGCUGGCGCCCGACGCCGCGCUGGCCAGGGAACACACUGCACAAGCUCUGCGGUGUACGCCGGAAACCACCAAUGAUGAGAACUGGUUUGUAGAGUGCAUUCGCGCCCGUCCACUAGCGGCACUCCUGGCAGUGGAAGCCCCGAGAGCGCGGUUUUUGGCUGGCUGGGCCCCAUCAGUACCCGUCUCCCGGGACGUUGGCUCGCAAGGACAAGCCCCUACCAGAGCGCUGCAUGCCAGUGAGACCUUUCUCGACUGCGCACUCGCUGUAGUGGUCGCCACCACUGAGAGCUACCAGUUCUUCAAUGAAGAAGACAUUCGGCAUGGCUUUGAAGAAGAGCAUAGGAACCGCAUCCUCCGAACAUACGUCCGCAACGUGUACCGUUACCACCGCAACGAGAUCUUCGCAGCCAUACGGAACGAGUACACGGACUGGGAGAAGCCCAUCCAGCAUCCCAUCAACAUCAGGGACGCGACGCUGGAGUCCCUCAGCGACGCCGCCGUCACUGCACCAGCUCUCAGGGUAGCACAACUACAUGCUCGGAGAGGGGCCAGGACAUACUUCGCACACUUUGCGCACCAAAGCAAGGAUGCUGACUACCCACAACGGCUAGGCAGUGUUACGAGUGAGACGCUGGCGUACUUCCUGGGGCUGCCCCUGGUGGGCGGCAUGCAGCUGGCGCCGCGGAACUACUCGCGCGGCGACGUGGCCGUGGCGGAGACGGCCGUGUCCCUGCUCGCUGCCUUCGCCAAGACCGGGGACCCCACACCACGAGCUGAGGACAGGCAUCACGACGGAGCCACUACCUGGCCGAGAUACGAGAUGAACACUCAACAGUAUUUAAGUAUAGGUACCAAGCUCCGAGUGAAGAGUCACUACCGCGGCCACAAGAUGGCGCUGUGGUUGCAUUUGAUCCCGCAGCUGCACCGGCCGGGCGCCGCGCCUCGUCAUCACCAGUUCAGGUCCAUACAUCCGGACAUGUUUGCAGGCGAGAUAUUCCCUGAGCUGUACACGACCACGUCCGCUCUGGAUGACGAGGAGGACAGCACGGAGCCGGAGGAGGACUCCUCAGAAGUAGAGGAGUGCGAGCCGUCCCCCUCCCCGCGGCCCGCACUGUCCGCGCUGCCGGCACCACAACCCUCGCCCAAGGAGGACUCCCUCACCAACCUGGACUCCCAGUACUACAGCUACACGGUGGCGCUGGGCGUGACGGUGGGCGCGGGCUGCUUCCUGCUGGCGCUGAAUGUGCUGGUGUUCGCCGGCAUCUACCUCCAGCGCGGCCGGCGGAGAACUGCGCACCGCCGCCCGCGGAGAGAAGGCAGUUGCAGCAGUCGCAGCGGUGCAUCUCUGAGCAACGAGCCGACUUCUGUAACCUCUCCUCGCAAGAGCACGCUCAAGCGCAGCAGCGAGUCAGAACUCAAAGAGAGGCCGAGCAGCGCCGGCGUCGCGCCGCCAAAAAAACGCGUCCAGAUCCAAGAGAUAUCGGUGUAGACGAUUUUUGAACGCGACCGUUAGUUGGUACCUGUACAGUAUCUGUCGCGCAACUAGCUGGUCUCAGUGUGCGCGAGUACUUGCAGUGUGAUGAACCGUGAGUGUGUGCGUGGCUAUGUGGCAACGAAACUUUCAGUCAUGUGUGACGCGACGCCGUGGUGUCUGCGGCAGGUUAGUGACACGCACAGGUCUACGACACUGAGUAUGCACGAACAUGUUUGUCCCUGGCUGAGCAGUGUCGCGCCCCACUGCCCCGGCUGCAGCGGUCGUAUGUCCCGCACUAUACAAAUACUACAGGCAUGGUGCAUUACGUACCUACAUGUGUGCGGCCCAAGCGACCUCUCUUCAGCGCUAGAAUACACUGCUGCCUGUGUUCAGACCAAUCGGCUUCCAUCGCGAAGUCAAUGCGCAAUCGAUACAUGGUUUUCAAUUUGCACAGAUGUUGUCUAGGUAUGAGAGCGGUGUAUUCUAGCAUCAAGUAUCUACCUCCUAAACAAUUAAACAGUUUGUGCUAAUUCCAUUUCUGUUAAGUUUAUGUUAUUGUUUGUCUUGAAUUUAUAUGUUGUAUAGUCUACUGCAGUGUUAGAACCUCUGUUGACAAACUGUUUUAUAUUAUUAUGUGAUGAUAUUGAAGUAUUUAAUGGAAUAUUUGAGUUGUGAACUCUGAAGUAACUACUUAAGACCUUUUUAUUACUACUCUGUACAUAGUAUUACUAUAUAGAAGGAUAUACAUACAUACAUAAUUCUGAGAACUUGUGGAAGCGAUGCUGAAUGGUUAACUUUGUAUAUAAAUACUAUUAGUUUCUAUUAUACGACAUUGUAAAUAUUAGAUUGUGGUGGAUAUCUGUGAACUCUGAUGAUUUUAUCAUCUGUAAAACGAGGUUUUAUUAAAGACCAUUUUCCUGA